UUGUGCGUAAUGACGUUAGGCUCGCUGGUUGGCUGUGCGUGAAGACGCAAGGAUGCGCGGUGACGUCGCGCGCGCUAAUCGCGCGGCGCAGCUCACGCCCCCGUCUCUCUCACCAGGCCGGGCUUCCAUGCGGCUUCGUUUUCAGGUUUCCCAUCGUUGCUUUACUCGGGAAACGCGACACGAUGUCCGGGGGCCUAGAUGUGCUGGCCAUGCGCGAGGAGGACGUGCUUAAGUUCCUUGCCGCCAACUCCCACCUUGGCACCACGAACUGUGACUUCCAGAUGGAGCAGUACGUCUACAAGCGCAAGAACGACGGAAUCUUCAUUUUGAACUUGAAGAAGACGUGGGAGAAGCUGCUUCUGGCGGCCAGGGCCAUCGUGGCCAUUGAGAACCCAGCGGACGUUUGCGUCAUUUCUUCCCGCCCCUACGGCCAGCGUGCAGUGCUGAAGUUUGCUUCUGCUACCGGAGCAACACCGAUUGCUGGGCGCUUCACCCCCGGAACCUUCACCAACCAGAUCCAGGCUGCGUUUCGUGAGCCACGCUUGCUCGUCGUGACCGACCCCCGGCAGGACCAUCAGCCGCUCACGGAGGCUUCCUACGUUAACAUCCCCUCCAUUGCCAUGUGCAACACUGACUCGCCCUUGCGCUACGUGGACAUUGCUGUUCCCUGUAACAAUAAGGGAGCUCACUCCAUCGGCCUCAUGUGGUGGAUGUUGGCUCGUGAGGUGCUGCGUCUGCGUGGGACUAUUGGACGGGAGCACCCCUGGGACAUCAUGCCUGAUCUCUACUUCUACCGUGACCCCGAAGAGAUUGAGAAGGAGGAACAGGCUGCAGCAGAGAAGGCGGCCGUGAAGGAGCCGGAAUACCAGGGCGAGUGGGCUGCUCAACCUACCGAGGCUCCUCCGCCACCUGAGGUUGCUGACUGGGCUGCCGAGGCGGUGCCGGUACCCUCCGUGCCCGUCACUGAGAAUCCCACCACUGCAGCAACUUGGGGCUUCCAGGCAACCAUGGAGGACUGGACUGCAGCCCCCACAGCUCAAACCGAGGACUGGGGUGGAGCCACUGCCGAUUGGUCUUAGGGACCACACCGUAGGCACGGGAAUGCUGGGACAAAUCUCCUGGCAGCCAGAACAAUGGCCGCUUCUGCAUCUAUCCGUGUGGAGAAGGCGUUACUGUGGCACAAUAAAAAAAAACAAUUGUGA